UCAGGUUAGUGCCCGCCGCGGUGCUGCGCUCGGGCUUCCGAGCGGCGCUGGGCGAGCCCGAGUCCCUCCGCGCCCCGCGACCGGGGGGGUCCGCACAGGGGUCACUGCGCCAGCACCGCCAGCCACGGACAUGGACAUGAAGAAAAGGAUCCACUUAGAGCUGCGGAACAGGACGCCCUCAGAUGUUAAAGAACUCGUUCUGGACAACUGCAGGUCGUACGAAGGCAAAAUCGAGGGCCUCACGGAUGAGUUUGAGGAGCUGGAAUUCUUAAGUACAAUCAACGUAGGCUUAACCUCAGUUGCAAACUUACCAAAGUUAAACAAACUUAAGAAGCUCGAGCUGAGCGACAACAGAAUCUCAGGAGGCCUGGAAGUGUUGGCAGAAAAGUGUCCAAACCUCACACAUCUAAAUCUAAGCGGCAACAAAAUUAAAGAUCUCGGUACAAUAGAACCUCUGAAAAAGUUAGAAAACCUGAAGAGCUUAGACCUGUUCAACUGCGAGGUCACCAACCUGAACGACUACAGAGAAAACGUGUUCAAGCUCCUGCCCCAGCUCACGUACCUCGACGGCUACGACCGGGACGACAAGGAGGCGCCGGACUCGGACGCCGAGGGCUACGUGGAGGGCCUGGAUGACGAGGAGGAGGAUGAGGAUGUCUUAUCUCUAGUGAAAGAUCGGGACGACAAAGAAGCGCCGGACUCGGAUGCCGAGGGCUACGUGGAGGGGCUGGACGACGAGGAGGAGGAUGAGGAUGAAGAGGAGUACGAUGAUGAUGCUCAGGUAGUAGAAGAUGAAGAAGAUGAGGAGGAAGAGGAGGAAGGAGAAGAGGAGGAUGUGAGUGGAGAGGAGGAGGAGGACGAGGAAGGCUACAACGACGGCGAGGUGGACGACGACGAGGAUGAGGAGGAGCCCGAGGAAGAACAGGGACAGAAGAGGAAACGAGAGCCUGACGACGAAGGGGACGAGGACGACUAAACUGAAGAACCUAUUUUGAAAUUUUCCUAUUGUGAUUUGACUGUUUUUACCCUGUAUUUCCCCUCCCCUGCACCCCCAACCCCUUUUUUUUUUUUCUUUUUCUUUUAUUUUGUUUUUUUCUGAUUGUAAUGUUGCUGUGGGAACGAGAGGGAGAAGCAGAGACUGGGUGGGCAAGGGAAUAAAAUACUAUUUUUACUGCCA